GCGCGCGGCAAUGACGUCACGGGGGGCACGGCCGGGGGGCGGUGAUGUCACUCGGAGGCGUGCCCGGCGAGACGGUGACGUCACGCAGAUGCAUGACCGGCGAUACUGUGACGUCACGCGGGAUGAGCAUCGAUACAGUGACGUCACGGACAGGCAUGGCCAGCUAGGCGGUGACGUCACGCGGAGGAGUGAGUAACGAAUCGGUGACGUCAGGCGGCGUCGCGGCGCGCGGCAGUGACGUCACGCGGAGGCGGCAGCAUGGCGGGCAGCGGGCGCCGGCCCGAGCACCGCGGGCCGCCCGAGCUGUUCUACGACGAGACCGAGGCGCGCAAGUACACUCAGAACUCGCGGGUAGUGGAGAUCCAGUCGCAGAUGUCGGAGCGCGCCGUGGAGCUGCUGGGGCUGCCCGAGGACCGGCCGUGCCUCCUGCUGGACGUGGGCUGCGGGUCAGGGCUGAGCGGGGAUUACAUCUCUGAGGAGGGUCACUGCUGGAUUGGCAUGGACAUCAGCCCUGCCAUGCUGGAUGUGGCUGUGGAGAGGGAGGUGGAAGGAGACCUGCUCCUGGCAGACGUGGGUCACGGCAUUCCCUUCAGGCCUGGCAUGUUUGAUGGCUGUAUCAGUAUUUCCGCAGUGCAGUGGCUCUGUAACGCUGACAAGAAAUCACACAGCCCCCCCAAACGCCUCUACAGAUUCUUCUCCACUCUUUACACUGCCCUGGCCCGAGGAUCCCGAGCUGUGCUGCAGCUGUACCCCGAGAACUCGGAGCAGCUGGAGCUCAUCACAGCCCAAGCCAUGAGAGCUGGAUUUACUGGGGGAAUGGUGGUCGAUUACCCCAACAGUGCCAAAGCCAAGAAGUUCUUCCUUUGUCUCUUUGUGGGCGCAUCUGGCACGUUACCAAAGGGCCUUGGUACAGAGUGUGCUGAUGAAGAGCUGCACCAGGCAAAGUUCACCAACGAGAGGACACGGUUCAAGAACAUCAAGGGCAAGUCUGUGAAGAAAAGCCGGGACUGGAUCCUGGAGAAGAAGGAGCGUAGACGACGACAGGGCAAGGAGGUGCGAGCAGACACGAAAUACACGGGUCGGAAGCGCCGCCCUCGCUUCUGAAUUGCUCUGGACGCUGCUGCUGUGGAAGGUGGCGUGUGGGUGCCUCCAGCGAGCCUCCUGUGGAUGGCACAGGUGGGCACCCCACGCCUGGGACUUGCUGGGACAGGUCAUUGUGGCUCUUGAUGGUGUAAACUGGCUCAGGUGCUGCCCAACAGCCAACUGCAAAGCUUCCAGCCCUGCUUGCCUGCUGAAGGUGGGAGUGGCAGACAGUGCUCUGGCCACUUGGUGUCUGCAAUGCUGUCACUUACCUUCCUGAGUGCAGCAAGCCAGCUGAGCUCCAGGUCAGCCAGGACAUGAUAUCCAGCCUCCUCACUAAAGAGUCAACGAGUUG